UUAAGGUUACUGGUUGUUUGCUUUCGAUAUUAACUGCUUUAGACCUGAGAGGGAAAGGAUACUCUUUUUGAUACACUCGAGAAACUCAGCAAAAAUGCGAGCACUCAUCUCUUUUGCCCUAUUUUGUGUGCUGUACCUGACUGUACAAGGGAAAGUCUCCAGUCCCAAGAUUCAGGUGUACAGCCAUUAUCCAGGAGAGUAUGGAAAACAGAACACCCUAAUCUGUUAUGUGAGUGGCUUCCACCCUCCUGAUAUCUCCAUUGAACUGCUGAAGAAUGGACAGCCUAUCCCUAACACCCAGCAGACUGACCUGGCCUUCGAAAAGGGCUGGCAGUUUCACCUCACCAAGAGCGUCUCCUUCACACCAGAGAAAUCAGACGAGUACUCCUGCAGUGUUCGACACAUGAGCACUACCAAGAAAAUUGUUUGGGAGUCCAACAUGUAAAGCUAACAAUCAAAGCCAGAUAAAGGGUGGAUAAUUUCUCAUGGUUAUAUGGACAUUUUUCAUCAUCUACAGAGACCAUAUUAUUCUACUAUCCCAUUUUACAAACCCAAUGUUGCUCAAAAUGCACUAUUCAUACAAAUAUACAUUGGAACAUCCGUGAUUUUAGUUUUCCUUGAAUUGACAUUCUUUUUCUUCACAAUAGUAAGGAUAAUUUAAACCAAAGUAGCUGCUACAUGUUUUUUAGUUGGGUUUUGAUUAGAUUCUGGAUCUUUUACACUGUUUUCAUUCCUCUUUCUGUAAAUUCUGUGUAUAUGCAGUAGAAGUAGACUAAAGUAUUUGUUAAAAUGGGGCAAUUUGUGCUUAUUUUUGGCUUUAUUUUGAAAUUAGCUUAAUUACAAAUAUUACAACCAGUUCUCUAUUUUAAAUCAGGUAUUGUUUCCUCUUGUUAAUCUAUAUUUGUUCACAACUGCAAAAUUGGAAUUUUAAUGAUUAUGAAUAAUUCAAUUUGACAAAUUGCUCCAGAGAAAAUGUAAUUUUUAAGAUAAGAAAAUAAAGUUUUGAAAACCUAAUGAAACAAUUGUGUUUAUUUGCUUCAAAUAGUCUGUACUAAUGCCUUAUUGAUUGUACUUUGACGUUAAUUCAACUUUAUACUGAUAAUUGUGAGUUCCAGUUAUAUGCCUAACCUAAGACAUGAAUGUCUGCCUAGCAACAGAGCGACCAAGACGAUGAUUGGAUUAAAAACAGACGACAUGUGUGUUAAGCUUUGUAAUAAAAACGAAAAAUACUCAAA